AUGAACUCGGUUUCAAUAGCAAACGUUCGUAGUCGAGCUGAACGUCGCAAAUGGCUCAUUGAAUUUAUUGGCUUUUGGCUUCUUGGUCUUUGCAAUAAUUUUGGUUAUGUAGUAAUGUUAAGUGCUGCCCAUGACAUUUUAAAACAGGAAGGAAAUGAUAGUACCACUCAGCCGGUGUCACAUAAUACAACAAAUCGAUUUGAUUGUAAUCCAACAUCGACAGGAGCUAUUCUACUAGCGGAUAUUUUACCAGCAUUAAUUAUUAAAGUAACAGCUCCAUUUUUUAUGCACAAAAUCUUAUAUAAUAUUCGCUUCGUUUUGAUUGUCAUAUUUGCUGUUAGUGCUUUGGUCAUUGUCGGCCUUUCAAAAGUUGUUGCUUUCAGUUUAUUUGGUGUUGCUUGUGCAAGUAUCAGUUCAGGUUUUGGUGAAAUAACAAUGUUGCAAUUAACAUCAUUUUAUCCUAAACAUACGGUUAGUGCAUGGUCGAGCGGUACAGGUGCUGCUGGUUUACUUGGUGCUCUAUCGUUUGCAGCAUUAACGGGACCACUGAAAGUCAAACCUAGAACUGCUAUUCUUAUUUUACUUUUCAUACCUGCUCUUCAAGUGUUCAGUUAUAUUAUGGUCGGAGCUAGUCAAGCUGCUGCAAAGCAUCGAGCAUAUCAACAGAUAAGUGAUGCGACAACAACUGAUGCUGAUACAGACAAUGAUACUGAAGAAAAGAUAACAGUUAAUAAAACUACAAUAGUUACAAAGUUCACGAAUAAACUUCAACUAGUGAAACCACUAUUGAAAUAUAUGAUUCCAUUGUCACUUGUUUAUUUUGCUGAAUAUUUAAUUAAUCAAGGAUUGUAUGAACUUAUUUUCUUUCACAAAUCAAAUCUAUCACAUUCAUCUCAAUAUCGUUGGUACUCGGUGACUUAUCAAUUGGGUGUUUUCAUUUCACGUUCAUCAGUAGCGCUUUUCAGAAUUAAUCAUCUUUGGAUUUUACCAAUUAUUCAAUUUACUAAUCUGGGUAUAUUUUUUGCUUGUGUCUAUCGUACCGCUUUUAUACCAAGUAUAUGGUUAGUUUUUGGAUUAGUUGUAUUUGAAGGUUUAAUAGGUGGUGGAGCCUAUGUCAAUACAUUUUACAAGAUAUCAAUUGAAAUUCCGGAACCUGAUCGUGAAUUUUCUAUGGGUGUUGCAUCAGUGGGUGAUUCAUUUGGAAUCACAUUUGCAGGUCUAUUAGCAAUUCCACUUCAUAAUGCAAUAUGUCAAUAA